GCACCAAAUGGGCAGCCGAUAAUGUCACUCUGGACCAGAGCCGAGUAAACCAUUAUCCAUCAGAUGCGAUAGGGAUUCUACCGAGCGAUGGCCGUGGGAUCCCCCCUCCAGCAAGCUAUAUAAACGUGUGCGAUGUGCCCCCAAACUCCAGUCUACCACUCGCAUCACCAUCAUCCAUUGUCUCUCCAAGCUCUGCGAUUCGCUCCGCUUCACCAUGCAGCUCAAGAACGUUCUCAACUUGGCCGUCCUCGGCAAUGCCCUCCUGGCUACUGCCCACCCCGGUCACCAUGAAGAGCGUGAGGCCCUUCAGCAGCGCUCCUUCAAGCGCAGUCUGGCCCACGGUCUGCAGAAGUGCGAAGCCAGCAUCGAGUCCAGCGGUCUUCGCGCCCGCGCCGAAGCCCGUCGUCGUGCGAUGGUCGACGUGCACCGCCGUCAGCUCCAGGCCCGUGGGGACACCACCGAGGUGCUGAACAAGUCGCACCUGUCCAGCCGUCCCAUUUCUCCCAACACCCCCGAGACCGAGGUGUUCGACGACGACAAGAAGAUCUGCCUCCUGGGUCCCAGCGCCGAGGGCGAGACCGGUCCCUACUGGAUUCCGGGCGAACACAUCCGCAGCAACAUCCGCGAGAACGAGCCGGGUGUCCCCGUUAUUGUCGAAGAACAGUUCAUUGACGUCGAGACCUGCGAGCCCAUCCGAGGCAUCUACACCGAGAUCUGGGGCUGCAAUGCCACCGGUGUCUACUCGGGUCUGGUGGCCGACGGCAACGGCAACUCCAACGAUUACUCCAACUACCAGCGCACCUUCCUGCGUGGUGUCCAGCAGACCGACGAGGACGGCGUGGUGACCUUCAGCACCCUCUUCCCCGGCCAUUACGCCAACCGCACCACCCACUACCACAACAUUGUGCACUGGAACGCGACCCUGCUGCCCAACAACACUCUGGCGGGUGGCUCGAUCCCGCACAUUGGGCAGAUCUUCUGGGACCAGAGCAUGAUCAGCGAGGUGGAGUCGACCUACCCGUACAACACCAACUCGAUCCCGAUCACGACCAACGCGGCUGACCGGGUGGUCAACGUCGAGACCAACAACGCUGAUACCGACCCGUUCCUCAACUACGUGUACCUGGGCGACAACAUCGAGGAUGGUCUGUUUGCCUACAUCACGGUUGCGGUCAACACCUCGGCGGUCCACUACCCCUACUGGACCAACGUGUACACUGCUAGCGGUGGCAAGUCGGUGUGCGGUACCUGCGACGGUGACCCGGAUGCUGUUGACGGUGGUCUCCCUACCACUGCUGCUUAGUGCCGCUGCUUAGUGCCGCUGCUUAGUGCCGCUGCUUAGUGCCGCUGCUUAGUGCCGCUGCUUAGUGCCGCUGCUUAGAGCCACUGCUGCUUAGAUGGAAGUUCGAUGUGCAACGGUGCUGUUGAGACUGCACGAAUAGUUAGGUGAUAGACAAAUAACAAAUAUGAUGGAUACAUUGGAUAUUGAAUUGCCCGUAGAAGGUAUCGAUUGAUCAGCUCAAUCUAGAAUUUAGAAUCAGUCCAUCCCAAUCGGGAAUAGAGUAUGUCCAUA